CAAAUGAUUCCAACUCAUGCACAGGAUGAAGUCAUAGCGGUUGAUGAUAUAUCUUUCAGCUCAGGCUGCUUGCCUGCGCAUGAUGAAAAUUUACCAUGUCAAGAUGCAUCAAAUAGUGAGAAGGAACUGUGCCAUCCGGAUGCAAGUCUCUGCAGAUUUGAUUCUAUAGAUGAAGAACUGAGGUUGUGCCAGCCCUGUGGAUUUGAAUUUGACACGUGUGACUGGGUGUCAGAACCAUCUGCCGGGCAAAUUUCCUGGAUGCGCAUGAAAGCAAGAGAAGUUCCUGCCCUGGAGUUUGCACCGCAGCAGGAUCAAAGUAGUGACGAUGCAGGUUACUAUAUGUGGGUGGGAGCUGAGCAUGCCUCUGCUCUUAACCAUUUAGACAGCAAGGCUUAUCUGAAUAGCUCUGUGUGUCACUGCUCCGGCAAGAGCUGCCGUCUUCAGUUCUAUUACUCAAUGGAAAACAGUGCUCUGCGAGUAGGACUCUAUGAUAAUAAGGAAGAAGAAAUAUUUUGGACAUACAACACGUCAACUCAUGGAAGAUGGGUGAAAGCGGAUGUGUUAAUACCAGAAGGACGGAAGACAUUUAAGGUUAUUUUUGAAGGGGCUGUCUUGAGCCAGAACGGUUUCAUUGGGCUCGAUCAGCUCUGGGUCUAUGCCUGUGCACAGACCUCAGCCCGAGGGCUUUGCUCUGCAGAUGAAUUCACCUGUGCCAGUGGGCAGUGCAUUGCCCAGGAGUUGGUCUGUGACUCUCAGCAGGACUGUUCUGAUGAGAGUGAUGAGGACCCAGUGACUUGCCCAGAUGAUCUCAGGUGUGACUUUGAGUCUGGUUUCUGCGUCUGGGAGCCAUUUCUCAUGCAAGAUUCACGCUGGGAAUUCGUGAAAGGGCUAACCCACCUAGAACCCCGUCUUCCUGGCGCUGAGCCUGCCGCAAAUACAGAUCAUGGAUCAUUUAUUUAUUUGGAGGCACAUCAGUCACCUGCAGUGGCCAAGCUCGGAAGUCCUGUUCUUAGAAAAUCACUCACUGCUUCUGCCCCAUGUCAGGUGCGGUUUUGGUACUAUUUGUCUCAGCAUUCACAUCUCUCGGUUUUCACGAGAACGUCGCUGGAUGAGGACUUGCAGAAGCAAGGUGAUCUAAUCGGAAUCUCCGAAUCUCAGUGGAGACGAGCAAAAAUCGAUCUCUUUGCGAAGGCUGGAGAGUCUACACUGCCUUUUCAGUUGAUCUUAGAAGCUACUGUUUUAUCACCAAAUGCUACCGUUGCUCUUGACGACAUCAGUUUAUCCCUGGAAUGUGAAAUUUCAUACAAGCGCCUUCCAAGUAGCAGCGUCCAGAGCAAAGCUGGAUUUGUGACCCAUGAGGACGCAGGCUGUAUGUCAUCUAGCAAGGUCUGUGAUUUUACACCUGACUGCCCCGAUGGAGCAGAUGAAGCCAGCUGUGUUUCCGAAUGUGACUUUGAGGCAGACAGCUGUGGCUGGUUUGAAGCGGCUGCUGGUGAUGAUUUUGACUGGACAUGGGGCUCUCCAAGUAAACUCUCUGCUAGUUUUGAGCUGCAGGCCCCACUCAGGGAUCACACCCACAACACAAUUCAAGGGCACUUUAUGUUCAUUCUGAAGAAGAGCAACAGCCUAUCACAACUUGCCAAACUGCAGAGCCCAACUUUCAGCCAGACAGGAACCGGAUGCACACUUUCCUUCUGGUUUUAUAACUGUGGCCUCUCCGUGGGAGCAGCUGAGCUACAGCUCCACAUGGAAGAAGCCAGUGAGUCCACGGUGCUCUGGAGGGUCUUAUACAACCAGGGCGACCAGUGGUCACAGGCCACCGUUCAGCUUGGGCGCCUUGCUCAGCCCUUCCAUUUGUCACUCCAUAAAGUCAGCCUUGGCAUUUAUGAUGGGGUCUCAGCCAUCGAUGAUGUCAGAUUUGAAAACUGCCUUCUGCCGCCCGCCGUGGAGAGCUGCGAAGGGCCAGAUCGUUUUUGGUGUCUGCACACCAAGGCUUGCAUAGAGAAGCUGCAGUUAUGUGAUCUGGUGGAUGACUGUGGCGAUCAUACGGAUGAGGCUGACUGUGUACCUGAACUUCAGUGUAACUUUGAAAAUGGAAUUUGUAACUGGGAACAAGAUACAGAAGAUGACUUCGAUUGGACCAGGAACCAGGGCUCAACAUCUACACUUAAUACAGGGCCGAUGAAGGAUAAUACUUUGGGCACAGCUAAAGGACACUAUCUCUACAUAGAAUCUUCUGAGCCACAGGUUUUCCAGCACAGAGCUGCUUUACUGAGCCCGGUCCUUAACGCCACUGAUGCAGAGGGCUGCACCUUCCGUUUCUUUUACCACAUGUUUGGGAAGCACAUUUACAGGUUGGCUGUCUACCAGCGAACCUGGAACAACACAAGAGGACAGCUGCUGUGGCAUUUAUUUGGGGAUCAAGGCAACAGAUGGAUAAGGAAACACCUCAACAUUUCCAGCAGGCGGCCUUUUCGGAUUUCGGUGGAGGCUUCAGUGGGAGAUGGCUUCACUGGAGACAUUGCCAUUGAUGAUUUGUCAUUUAUGGACUGUGCCCUCUACCCUGGUAAUUUGCCAGUGGACCUGCCAACUCCACCAGAAACUUCAGUUCCAGUAACAUUACCUCCACACAACUGUACAGACAAUGAAUUUGUCUGCAGGUCUGACGGCCAGUGUGUUGGAAACAUCCAGAAAUGCGAUUUUAGAUAUGACUGCCCUGACAAAUCGGAUGAAUCAUCCUGCGCUAUGGAAGUUUGCAGCUUUGAAAAAAGAAACCUCUGUAAAUGGUACCAGCCAGUCUCUGAAAAUUUAAUGGAAGAUUCAAACAUAUUCAGGUGGGGACUUGGUAAUGGAUUCAGUAUUCAUCACGGGGAGGAAAACCACAGGCCAUCAGUGGACCAUACAACAAAUACCACCAAUGGCUGGUACCUAUAUGCUGAUAGCUCAAAUGGAAAAUUUGGUGACCAGGCUGACAUCCUCACUCCUGUUAUUUCACGCACAGGACCAAAGUGUACCCUGGUGUUCUGGACUCAUAUGAAUGGUGCUACCGUGGGCUCUCUUCAGGUACUCAGCAAGAAAGACAAUGUUACUUCUAAAUUGUGGGCUCAAAGUGGACAGCAGGGUGCACAGUGGAAAAAAGUGGAGGUGUUUUUAGGCGUUCAUUCCCAUAUACAGAUUGUCUUCAGAGCAAAACGUGGUAUCAGUUACAUAGGAGAUGUAGCGGUGGACGAUAUCUCCUUUCAAGAUUGCUCGCCUCUACUUAGCGCGGAGAGAACAUGCACAGCUCAGGAAUUCACGUGUGCUAACAAGCACUGCAUUGCCAAGGACAAGCUGUGUGAUUUUGUGAAUGAUUGUGCUGAUAAUUCAGAUGAGAAUGCUUUCAUCUGCGGUACCUCCAGUGGGUGCUGUGAUUUUGAAUUUGACCUUUGUUCCUGGGAGCAGGAGCAGGAUGAUGACUUUGACUGGAAUCUGAAGGCCAGCAGCAUCCCUGCUAUGGGCACGGAGCCAGCUGCUGACCACACCUUGCGAAAUUCAUCUGGUCACUAUGUCUUUAUAAAGAGCUUGUUCCCUCAGCAGCCCAUGAUAGCAGCCAGAAUUUCAAGCCCAGUCAUAAGUGCAAGAAGCAAAAACUGCAAGAUCAUUUUUCAUUAUCACAUGUAUGGAAAUGGCAUUGGAGCCCUCACUUUGAUCCAGGUAUCAGUCUCAAACCAAACGAAGGUCCUGCUUAACCUCACUAUAGAACAAGGCAAUUUCUGGCAGCGGGAGGAGCUACCACUGUCUGGUGAUGAGGACUUCCAACUCAAAUUUGAAGGCAGAGUUGGGAAAGGCCAUGGUGGUGACAUUGCACUGGAUGACAUCGUGCUUACAAAGAACUGUCUAUCAUCCCAUCACAUCAAGAAAGAAGAACUCUCAGUGCCUCUUCCAACAGGUUCCUGUCCACACGGCUAUCGGGAAUGUCAGAAUGGGAAAUGUUAUAAACCGGAGCAGAGCUGUGAUUUUGUUGAUGACUGUGGAGAUUACACUGAUGAAAAUGAAUGUGGUGGCUCCUGUACUUUCGAAAAAGGCUGGUGCGGUUGGCAGAACUCCCUGGCUGAAAACUUUGAUUGGAUUUUGGGAGUUGGCUCUCCCCAAAGCCUCAGACCUCCCAGAGACCACACACUUGGAAAUGAAAAUGGGCACUUCUUGUAUCUGGAGGCUACCCCAAUGGGCCUUCGGGGCGAAGAGGCGCACCUCAAGAGUGGUCUGUGGCACGAAUCCAGCGCAGCGUGCAGCAUGAGCUUCUGGUAUUUCAUAUCUGCAAAAGCCACGGGCUCCAUUCAGAUCCUCAUUAAGACAGAGAAAGGACUCUCAAAAGUAUGGCAAGAAAGUAAGCAGAAUGCUGAGGAUCGUUGGCAGAAGGCUGUCAUCCUGCUAGGAAAGUUAAGGAAUUUCGAAGUCAUAUUUCAAGGUAUCAGAACAAGGGACCUGGGAGGAGGAGCUGCAAUUGAUGACAUUGAAUUUGAAAACUGCAUGACUGUGGGUGAGACUUCUGAAAUUUGCCCGGAAGCCACUGAUUUUUUGUGCCAUGACAAGAAGUGUAUUGCAUCCCACCUGGUCUGCGACUAUAAACCCGACUGUUCUGAUAGAUCCGAUGAAGCUCACUGUAGCCAGUAUACAAGCACAAAAGGAAGCUGCAAUUUUGAAACAACUUCAGGAAACUGGACCACAGUUUGCAGUCUUACUCAAGACUCUCAAGAUGACUUGGACUGGGCCAUUGGCAGCAGAAUUCCUACUGAAGCACUGAGUCCAGACUCUGAUCACACACCAGGUAGUGGCCAGCACUUUCUAUAUGUCAACUCAUCGGACCCCAAAGAAGGAUUCACGGCAAGAAUCACCACUUCCCAGUACUUCCCAGCAAGCCUCGGGAUGUGUACUGUUCGGUUCUGGUUCUACAUGAUCAAUCCCAGCAGCAUGGGCGUAUUAAAGGUGUAUACUAUUGAGGAAUCUGGACUAAACAUCCUGGUGUGGUCCAUGAUUGGCAGUGAAAGAACUGGUUGGUUGUAUGGACAUACACCUCUCUCCAGUAACAGUCCAUUUAAGGUGGCCUUUGAAGCUGAUUUGAGUGGAAAUGAGAACAUCUUUAUCGCCCUCGAUGACAUCUCUUUUACCCCAGAAUGUGCAUUUGGAGGUCCUGUCACAAUACAGCCAUCGCCCUGUGAAGCUGAUCAAUUUUCCUGUGUCUACACACUCCAGUGUGUCCCUCUCUCGGGGAAAUGUAACGGACAAGAAGAUUGCGUAGACGGAUCUGAUGAAAUGGAUUGCUCCCCCAGCCCCUCUCCUCAGCUCUGUGGUGAAAUGGAGUUCCAGUGCUCAACCAGCAACUGCAUCCCGUCCCUCCUGCUGUGUGACGGAGUGCCUGACUGUCACUUUCAUGAGGAUGAAUCCAGUUGCUCCAAUGAGAGCUGUUCUGAUGGAGCUUUGCUGUGCACCUCCUCCAACAGCUGUAUCCCAGUUCACAAGCGCUGUGAUGGUUUUGCUGACUGCCUGGAUUUACAGCCUGAUGAGUCCAGCUGCUUGGAGUGUCCAGGAGGUUACUGCAGGAACGGCGGGACUUGUAUAGUGGAGAAAAUCGGUCCUAUGUGUCGAUGUGGACCAGGAUGGAAAGGAAAUCGUUGCCACAUCAAGGUUAACCCUCUGCCGGCUGAGUUCAUGAACACCCAGAACAAUAUAUGGACCCUCCUGGGUGUUGGAUUAGCUUUCCUGACGACUCAUAUUACAGUAACGGUCUUGUGUUUCCUUGCCAACAGAAAAGUGCCAGUAAGGAAAAGGAAAAGAAGUGUUCACUGUGCAUUUGUUAAUCCAGUUUACGGGAACGGGAGCAACCCAGAGAAAACAGAGGUAAGUGGUAAUGGGCAACCAUAUUGUUUCAGAAUGGGAAACACAAGCACACAAAUGUGCACAAACACACACACACUGAGUGUUGUUUGGACAUGUUCCCACAUCACGGCUCAGAGAUAGGUUUUAGUGGAGGUAUUCCAUUUGGGGAUGGGAAAGAGUUUCAGUCUCUGUAAACAGGCAAUGAGCAGUUUCCAUUUCAG